AUGGACCGUUCUAUUCCAUUAAUUCAGCAUUUUGAUGGAGGCAUUAUAUUCCUUAGUUACCUUAUAUCAGUUGUUGGAGCACAGACAACUCUUGAACUAUUUACCAGACGUACACACUUCAGUGGCCUUUACAACUGGUUUUUACUCACAGUAGCUGCCUUUGUUAUGGGCGGUGUGAGCAUUUGGUCGAUGCAUUUUAUUGGAAACCAAAGUCUGACAAUCAUUCUCCCAGACGGUGAACAAUAUCAACUAUCGUAUGCAGUUGGCUACACCGUUAGCAGUCUUGUUGUCGUGAUAGCCACUAUGUUUAUUGCCUUUGCAUUCAUUGGAACAACCGAAGACGCCAGACUGGCUCGAAUCAUUCCAAGCGGUAUCUUUGCUGGUGCUGGUAUCGCUACAAUGCAUUAUCUUGGUCAAUUUGCUAUACAAUAUUUUAGAAUCGUCUACAAAGUAGGGUUCGUUGUUGGGGCCAUUAUCAUUGCCUGUGUAGCAAUCACCGUAGCUCUCUAUAUCUUUUUCAAAUUGAGAGAGCAGUGGGCAAAUCAAUGGUACAUGCGUUUCGUCUGUUCCUUAAUAAUGGCCUUGGCUGUUUGUGGAAUGCACUACACAGGAUUAGCCGGAACAGAUUAUUAUCUCCCAGACCUUCCAAAAGAAGAAUUACCUCCAACCCCCUCUCUCAGCACAGGCGGCCUGAUUGGCAUCAUUGCCUCUGUCGUCGUCACAGGUUGUGCUUUCCUUUUUUAUGUCGUCUUUAAGAACGCUAUCAAUACCUUGCCGUCCAUACAAAAGAGAAAUGCCAAUACGCGUCUUAUGCUGGGCAUCGUCUUAUUCGACAGUGCUGACAAAAUUCUGGUCAAGAUUGAUGGUGUAGUACCAACAAAAGAAGUGUCAGAUAAUUUUGAAAUAGGUGAGAUCACUACAAAGCAUCCUCUAUUUGUUCGUCUCUUUGAAGUCGCGACUCGUUGGGCCAAUCGAGGAGGACUCGACAGUGAACGUCCAUCAGUUCAAUCUUCAGCUGGCACCGUAAGUGCAUUUGACGUAACUGAACGUCAAUUUUGUGACGCCGCCAGAGACCUUCAGGAUGAACUUAGGCUACCACUUCUUGCCGAUCUGGGACUUUUAUUCGACACAGUCGUACAGACAAACACUAUUGUCACGAAACCUGGCUUAUUCAAAUACAAAUACAAAAACAAAAACAACAAAAACAACCAUAAUAGCAAGACAGAUACAGAUACAGAAACAGAUACUCGAGCCUUUCGUCCAUACAGUGCCAAAAAUUGGUUGUUAUGGAGACCUCAACCGUUUUCAAGAUCCCAAUCAAACCAACAAAGAGACGAAGAGGAAGAGCUGGACGUCUAUCCAAAAUACAACCAAUACAAUCCUCAAAAGGAGUGGCAAACACAAGCCGGAAAUAGUCAGCAUCAGAUCGGCUCACAAAAUAUUUGUACCAUUAGAUCUUUUGAGGAACUUGGGCCAAAGGAAUCUAAAAAAAGCAAAAAUCGAUAUAGUGAUCCCAACAGUAAAUGUAGUCAUACCAGCGACUCAAGAACAAUUGUUCAGCAGAGCUCAGAAGCUAAUACUAAUAGCAAUAAUGAUCAGUACAUAUUUUUGGUCAAGAAACUUGUCCGAACAAAAGAUCUCCAACGACUACUGGCACAAGGUUACAGAUUUGCAGAUCCAAUCUACAUUUCAAAAACAAUGGGCGCCCAACUCCAAGUACCAGUUGAGCACAUGUUGUUUUAUUUCAAGGACAUGAAACUUGUGGCAGACUCUCUCUCGAGCCUGGUCAGGCACAACUUUUCGUCGUCUAUUCCACGCCAAUUAGAACCACCGCAAACAUUGCAACAGCAGCAACGACGACCAUCAUCGUCAUCGUCGCCAGGACAAGAAGUACCAACCGAUCAGCAACAACAACAACAAAAGGACGAAGAAACACAAGUAGUAGAACACCUGUUUGGAAAAGAAACCACAAAACCAGGUGUCUAUGUUGGUCUGUUUGUCCUUUUGGAUGAAGACAGAAGUAUGGAAAACACCCACAUUCUGGUCGACAAAACCCGUCGUUUUGCAUUCCCAAUGGUUCAACUCAAAUACACCGACACAGGCGAGGCUCCGGGACAACUAACCCUAGAAGAAAAGACCUGCCUGAACAAUCUCGGUGGCAUAUCUCUCAUGGAUAUCGCUCGCCUUGACUCUCAGAGAUCGAGUUCGAAUCCAAGUGGCAGUGGCGGUAUGUCACAAAAUAGCCAAUAUGAGCUUGGUAGAGUAAAGUCAAGCAAUGAAACUCUUGUUGAACGGAAUUGUAUGUACUCUACAGAUACCAAAACUCUAGGUUCAGAGAACAUAUUUUCUUCUCCGCCUGGUUCGCCAACCUCUCCAAUCUCUCCUUUCCAAUCAUCCACUUACAGCAAUAGCUUGGAAAACUCUUCACCAUCGGUCAGUGCUCGGUUCACAAGUGCUCUAGAGGCCGCGACUAGAAAACUAGCCAGUACAUCUCGUUACAGCAAACCCCUGGGUUUCAGUGCCAAGCUCCACCGUGAGGUUGUCGACACCCCUCCGUUCUCACUCGUGGUUGGGCCUUGCCAGGUCAUUCUGUUCAAAGCCCAUAUCACCACCCCGGGUAUCAUUUCCGCAAUCAACCAGACCUUUUCGGAACCAAUCAAAUGCGUGCCCUUGCCCAUCUUCCACAGUAUAGCCUUACGGAUCACUGACCAGGCCGUCGAUCUCUACCGCCAGAACCACCAAAUCAAUCUUCCCGAGACGAGUUACCUGGAUCAGCAGCGAAUGUACAUUUCGUCAGCCCGACCUGAUCAGCACGACAACAGCAAGUACGCAAGACAGCAAAAGAUGAUGGCUACCGAAAAUAAUAGUGGGAUUGGUGAAGUCAUUCCUUUGGAAGAGCGCAAGUCAACAACGAUUCUAGUGGUCAAUACCGCACCUGCCGACCCUUCGGACACUUUGGCUUCCUUCUCUCCCCUCCCUCCUCCUCCACGUGCAAAAAAGUCUAGGUUUGCUUUACCAAAGUUUGAAUUCGAGUCUUUAAGAGACUCUCGUUCUGGUAGCAGUGAAAGUGGCGGACCAUCUCUUCGUGAUCUUGCUGCCAAACCAGACACACCUCCUGCCAUGCUAAACCUAUUGCCAUCCCAAGAUCGGUUCUGGUGGCUUAAUACUAUCAUCGAAGAAACUUUGCACGACGACUGA